ACUUCGCAUUUUUGUUGUCGCGCGACCGCGUCAUCGCCGCGCGCGCGAUGCGAGGUAGCGUUUUCUGCGACCGAGCGAAAACGCGCGGCAACAACAAACAUCGUCGCCCUUCUCGAAGGAUCUAAGGUAAAAUUGUGACAAACAAGUCACCUAAAAACUGUCGGCGGAAAUGACUAAAUUUCGGGGACCUUCUGGAUCCUUCGAGAAGGCGAUGACAGUAUAAAGGUAAGCCGCCAACCGAGCACGGCGCAUUCCGCUCAGAGUACUUUGACGCGUGUACGCUACUCGAGUGAGAUAAAGAGUCGGUCUCGUUUAGUGAAAUAGACAUAUUUCAGUGCUGUUGUGUGACUACCGGAGCAACUCCGAGACAGACGCUGUUUAUUCGCCGCGUGCGAAUUAUAAUCGUAUCUCGCGUAUGAUUAAUAUAGCAAAGUGUUAAGAUUCUAUUCAUCUUAGAAUCGAGCGCGUCUCGAUACUCGCGGGUGUCGUUGUCCGUCGGCCGUCUCAUUUCGCGCUUGUCUCUUUUGGAGCACGCUCGCUCGCACGCUCGCUAUAACUUUCGCUCUCACUUAAGAUACAGUUAUAUUACGGGCAGAGACUUCAUUACACUCGAAUCAAUACUAUCUGAGACAUGUCUGCGAACAAUUUCAAUGAGAUUAGAGUUUUCGACGAUGCGGUUGACAAUAUGGACAUUAUCAAAACUAUAAUCGAUACGGAAAAUCAAGAAAACGGUUUUUAUAUCGUAGAUAUAGGUGAUAUCAUUAUCAAACAUCGCGAAUGGAUUACCAAGAUUCCAAGAGUUGUUCCACACUAUGCGGUUAAAUGCAAUCCUGAUCCAACAGUAAUAAAAAUAUUAGCAGCUUUAAAUGCUGGUUUUGAUUGUGCGUCCGAGCAAGAAAUCAGGCAAGUAAUGCAAUACAAUGUACAAGCUAAUCGUAUUAUAUUUGCUAAUCCGUACAAAUGUCCAUCUCAUAUCAAAUAUGCCAAGAAAAUGGACAUUAACCAAAUGACGGUCGACAGCGAAUUAGAGCUUUUAAAGAUUAAAGAUUUUUAUCCCGAGGCAAAAAUAAUCAUACGCAUACAAUGCGACGCAAAUAAUACAACAUGCAAUCUCGGAUUGAAAUUCGGUUGCGAAUCAGACAAGGAAGCUGUGCGAUUGAUACGACUCACGAUAGAUCUCGGUCUGUCUUUACACGGCUUUAGUUUUCACGUCGGUAGCCCAUGCGGAGAGUUAAACGCAUUUAGCAGGGGUAUCGAUACGUGCAGACGAUUAAUCAAAAUCGCUAAAACUAUGGGCUGCAAAGAUGUACAAUUGAUUGAUAUCGGUGGUGGUUUCCCUGGUGAAAAAGGAACAAAUAUUGACAAACUCGCCAAUCUGAUUAAUGAUGCAAUUCAAGAUCUUGAUCCUAGCAUAAGAAUUGUUAGUGAACCUGGAAGAUACUACGUUACUUCGGCGUUUACUCUAGCCACGUACUUACAUUCUAAAAGACUCUCUUAUAAAAACGGUAAACUUAUGAGAAUGUAUUAUGUUAACAUCGGUACGUAUAGUUCGUUCAUCGAAGAAUUGAUGGGUUUGAAAUCCAGAGUUCCGCGAAUUCUCUUUGAACCGAUGAGUAAAGAAAAAUUUCUUUCGACUUUAUGGGGACCGACUUGCGAUUCGUACGAUGUUAUUGUUCAAAAUGUAUUAUUGCCGGAACUUCGUCUUGGUAAUUGGUUAAUCUGGGAAGAUAUGGGUGCUUAUUCUCUAUCUUUAUGCACAACGUUCAAUGGAUUUCCAAUCCCAUCUGUUAUACCGAUUAUUAGAAAAAGUCAAUGGAAAAAUUUAAUGGCGGAGAUCGAAUUGAUGCAAAGAUCUGUGAAAUUCAUAGAAUGGUCCGAGUCAGUAGAAAGAAAGGGUUAUAUUGAAAGUCACUGAUAGUAACUCUGAAUCAAUAAACAAUACGACAGAGCCCAAUGGGACCGUACAUGGAGACAGGUGCGCGAAAAUAACCGGCAGCAGAAAUUCGAUAACUGCGAGCGGAAAAAGAUUCGUCCAACGACGACAGGAGAGCAACGCGACGUGGAACGAAUCGCA